AACAAACAACUAAAACAAAUCUCAUCAAUGAAGAGCUACCAGUUUACAAAAGUCUCCAAUUAAUUCUUACGUGUCUAACUGUAAAAAUAUGAAUAAAUAAAAUUCAAAUCUGUAAUAACGCUGAAUUUAUUGCCGAUCCGCACACUGCCUGACUUUCACUUCAACGAAGAAUUUCUCUUCUACAUUUAAUUUAAAACAGUUGAUUUCCGAGUUCUUUGUAUCACGUGUGUUUUUCGUUUUUCUUUCGUGUUUAGGAAUAUGUCUCAAUUAGAGAAAUGCCCUGAACGUGAGGACAAACAUGACCAUGAUAUUAUACAAUCCACCAUCGGCAAUUUUGGGUGGUGGCAAUUUAAAAUCUCUUCUCUCAUGGCCUUACUGAAAUUUCCAAUUGCAUGGUUCCAACUGAGCAUCAUAUUUUUAGCACCUCCAACGCAAUUUUGGUGUAAAUCAGAUACGCCAACUGAUAAUUCAACACUGGAAUGGUUGAAAGAUGCUCAACACAGUCAUCCUCUUCUUAGACAUGCAAGACUAAAUUCAGGAUUUUGUCACAGUAUUGGUGCUGAAAAUGAAACAGCAGCACUAUGUGAAGAUGGAUAUUCCUACAACACUACUGUUUUCCAUUCUACUAUAAUAACAGAAUGGGACUUGGUUUGCGACAAUAAAAGACUAGUAGAUGUAUCCCAGAUUACAUUAAUGUUUGGAGUUUUAAUAGGAAAUAUAAUGUUUGGAAUAAUGGCGGAUCGCCACGGUCGAAAGAAAACUUUAAUAGUGUGUAUUGUACUUCAGUCGCUUUUUGGAAUAGCAGCAUCACGUAUUCCAUGGUACUGGGGUUUUGUAGUAACACGACUUUUACUAGCCGUCGCCAAUGGUGGAACCAUUGUUGUUUCCUUUGUUAUGUGUAUGGAAGUUGUAGGUGGUCCUUGGAGAAGUAUUGUACCAAUUCUGUACCAAAUUCCAUAUGGUUUUGGGAACUCUAUUAUGGCAGGUUUAGCGUACCUCUAUAGAGAUUGGAGAGACCUGCACUUGGCUUUAUCUUUACUGUCAUCUUUUUAUAUCCUUUACUUAUGGCUCAUUCCUGAGUCUCCACGUUGGUUACUAGUAACGGGUAAAAAAACCGAAGCUACUGAAAUCCUUCAAAAAGCUGCGAAAUGCAACAAAGUAGACUCUGAGAAGGUACAAGUUGCCAUUAACGAAUUCUCCUCAGACGUCAAUAAAGACACCAAACCCAGAAUGUCAGCACUAUUUGCUACCCCAGAACUGGCUAAAAGAAACGUGUUAUUAUGUGUCAACUGGUUAAUUGCAGGGGUAACGUUCUAUGCUUUUUCACAAUAUGCAGGAAAAGUAGGUAGCAAUCUUUACUUCACAGCAGCAAUUAGUGGUUUUGUGGCAUUUCCGGGAACUCUUCUUUGCGUCUUCGUUGUACGACGCUUUGGAAGACGUUUGACAAUAGCCUCGGCUCACAUUUUGACAGCCGCUUGUUUCUUCGGUAUUCUGGGUGUGCCUCUGGGUGUUUACGAACAAGACUGGCCCAGAGUAGUGAUAGCAGGAAUUGGCAUUGUUGGAUUAUCUAUUUCUAUGCCCGCUUUGUAUCUUUUUACGGGUGAACUGUUUCCAACAACUGUGCGAAAUGCUGGUGUUGGAACUUCCGUUAUGUUUUCAAGAAUUGGGUCUAUGAUUGCGCCUUUAGUUAUCGCUAUUCAAGAUUUCUCACCCACGCUACCCCUUAUUCUUUUAGGGAUUGGUGCAAUUUUGGAAACGUUCCUGAUUUUGCUCUUGCCAGAAACUAAAGGAUUGCCUUUACCAGAUACGAUAGAUGACCUAAAUUUUAAAGUUAAUAAGGUCAAUGAAGGGAAUGAAAUGAAUAGGUGUUACAUUUCGCUGCCGACAAUUCUAAAGGAUACUUCAUUAGAUAUAACUAAAAUAUAAAAUUAGAUAUAAAAGGUUCGUAAAUGUGAUUUAAUAAAUAAAUAGUCUGUAAGAA